AUGGGUCAAGAGCACAAAAAUUUGGAUUGGAUCGUGUUGUCUGUAGCUAGCGGCAUAUGUGCAGCUCUGAAUGGUGCCUUUGCGAAACUCACAACGACAGCACUUACUUCAAACCUGGCCACUGUGUUAGCGAGCUGGAUCAGCCUAGAAAGUUUCCCUAGCCUUGUUGAGGCGUUUGUACGAGUGGUUUUUUUCGCACUGAAUCUAAUCUUUAAUGGCAUUAUGUGGACGCUCUUUACUAAGGCAUUGGCCCGUGGAACUUCAACAACCCAGGUAUCCAUCCUAAAUACUUCAUCAAAUUUCAUGGUUACUGGCAUGCUUGGAUGGGUGAUCUUUUCUGAAAAGCUAUCGCCAACGUGGCUCAUCGGUGCUUUACUAUUGGUUACUGGAAGUGUUAUUAUUGGCCAUCGAGGAGAGAGUCAUGAUGAUGUUGACGGAGUUUCAAAGCCAAGUGCUUCUAGCUCAGAAGAGUAUGACCUACUCAUGAACGACGAGCUAGGUUUAGAUGACGACAUUGGCAAUAUCACAGACUGUGAAGUUGAACGAGACUCUACUCAUCCAGACUCACAAGAUGAACCCGAGACAGCAAAGAUCAUUUAA